UCUGUAGAGAUGUAUUAUUUCCAAAUAAUCCUCUAGCUCAUAUGAUGACGUGAAAUUAGAUAAACGGGUAUCUAGGGUGCUUGACUUCGCCAAUUUGCGAGGCCCCCUGGAGGCUGCUGGUGGAAGUAGGAACGAGCGUCGGGUUACCAUAGCGCAGGAGCCCAAGAAACCCUGGAGGCUUCCGUAGUCGGUGGCAGGUCACGUGUUCAACCUUGCACCGGGUGACUUUCUCCAGUAGGGCUCCGGUGUCACAUGACCUGCUCUUGGGCAACAUGGCGGCAGUUGUAGUGCUGCUUUUGGACUGAGCAACAGCGAGUGUGGCGCACUCAUUCCCGGGGUGAGGAGUGCGUCAGCGUGAGAAGAGGGGCUGGGUCGUGGUCUUCCUGCUCCUGUCCCAGCAUCACCUGCAUCUCACGUGUCCUCUCCUCUGUCGGAACCAGAGGGAAUGACGAAACCCAGGGCUUUUCGCAGUGGUGCACUGUGCAUCGGAGCACGCUCCUAGGCGACGGUGGGCAAGUCUCCUCGAAGUCCUUUCUCCAACCUCCUUCCGUCGGAGGUGGGGCCGAGGCGUGGGCGGUUGCGAUUCCCCAGGGACCAUGGCCGGAUCCGACACGGCGCCGUUCCUCAGCCAAGCAGAUGACCCAGAUGACGGGCCAGCGCCUGGGCAUCCGGGGUUGCCAGGGCCCAUGGGGAAUCCCAAGUCCGGGGAGCUCGAGGUCCCAGACUGUGAGGGGCUACAGCGCAUCACUGGUUUAUCUCGGGGCCAUUCGACCCUCAUAGUGGUGGUGCUGUGCUACAUCAACCUCCUGAACUACAUGGAUCGCUUCACCGUGGCUGGGGUUCUUACAGACAUCGAGCAGUUCUUUAACAUCGGAGAUGGUAGUACUGGCCUCAUCCAGACUGUGUUCAUUUCCAGUUACAUGGUGUUGGCACCAGUGUUUGGCUACCUGGGUGACAGGUACAAUCGAAAGUACCUCAUGUGCGGGGGCAUUGCCUUCUGGUCCCUGGUGACACUGGGGUCAUCCUUCAUCCCCAGAGAGCAUUUCUGGCUGCUCCUCCUGACCCGGGGCCUGGUGGGGGUCGGGGAGGCCAGUUACUCCACCAUUGCGCCCACCCUGAUCGCCGACCUCUUCGUGGCAGACCAGCGGAGUCGGAUGCUCAGCAUCUUCUAUUUUGCCAUCCCUGUGGGCAGCGGUCUAGGUUACAUUGCUGGCUCCAAAGUGAAGGAUUUGGCUGGAGACUGGCACUGGGCUUUACGGGUGACACCAGGUCUAGGCGUGCUGGCCGUCCUGCUGCUGUUCCUGGUGGUACAAGAGCCCCCGAGAGGAGCUGUGGAACGCCACUCAGGUUCACCACCCCUGAGCCCCACCUCUUGGUGGGCAGAUCUGAAGGCACUGGCACGAAAUCCUAGUUUCGUCCUGUCUUCCCUUGGCUUCACCGCUGUGGCCUUUGUCACGGGCUCCCUGGCUCUCUGGGCCCCAGCAUUCCUGCUGCGCUCCCGUGUUGUUCUGGGAGAGACUCCUCCCUGUCUCCCUGGAGACUCAUGCUCUUCCUCUGACAGUCUCAUCUUUGGACUCAUCACUUGCCUGACUGGAGUCCUGGGUGUGGGCCUGGGUGUGGAAAUCAGCCGCCGCCUUCGCCGCUUCAACCCUCGGGCUGACCCACUGGUGUGUGCAGCCGGCCUCCUGGGUUCCUCGCCUUUCCUCUUCCUGUCCCUGGCCUGUGCCCGAGGUAGCAUCGUGGCCACCUAUUAUGUGGUGAUCCCAACUCGACGGUCCACAGCUGAGGCCUUCCAGAUAGUGCUGUCCCACUUGCUAGGUGAUGCGGGGAGCCCUUACCUCAUUGGUCUAAUCUCUGACCGCCUCCGAAGGAGCUGGCCCCCUUCCUUCCUGUCCGAGUUCCGGGCUCUGCAGUUCUCUCUCAUGCUCUGUGCUUUCGUCGGGGCCCUGGGUGGCGCGGCCUUCCUGGGCACCGCCAUGUUCAUUGAGAAUGACCGCCGGCGGGCACAACUCCACGUGCAGGGUCUGUUGCAUGAGACCGAGCCCUCAGAUGACCAGAUUGUGGUACCUCAGCGAGGCCGUUCUACCCGAGUCCCUGUGUCCAGUGUGCUCAUCUGAGGAGCCGUUGCUCGAGCCCAGCCAUAGAUGUCACAGCUGGUCCUGGGCCCACCCCAAACGGUUCCCAGGCAGAAGCCCUCACCAGGCCCAGGUCCAAGAAGGAAGCCCUGGGAUAGAUCCCAGCUCCCAGACACUACAUGGGCAGCCCAGGGAAGAGAUGGGUGUCCAGAAAUGGGGGUUGUCCUCUCUACUAGGGUAGCCCAAGGGGUUUGGUGCUAUUUGUAACGGAUGUAAAUAAAAUUUGUAAUCAGA